AUGCUGGGUGCUUCGUUGAUUCCGGCGCGCUGGAGAGGCUUCUACAGCCCUCAGGACCCGGCCAAACCAGGUCCCUACAGCAAGCACAUCACCCCCUUGUUGCAGAGCGUCACUCGCAGGACAUGCACCCAUCCCAUCCACUCGAUCGUCUUUUGCGCCUUGAUCGCCAGUACCACCUACAUCGGCCUCCUUGAAACUGGCCUGUUUGAGCCUUCGACAAAGUUCAACAACAACCAGGUCGACUUCUCUGCUCUCUCUCACGGCAGUCGCACUCUGCAUGCCGGUCCCGAGACCGCCUGGGAGUGGCAACCAGAAGCCGUCUCCAACGACGCUCAAGCAGAGCAUAUCUCCCUGAUCACCCUCGCAUUUGCAGACUCGUAUGCCGAUGCUCCAUCAGUUGUGAUUCCCAACGAUAGCUCGGCCGAAAUGCUCCCUUCAUCAGCCAGCCGCUUGUCCCUGUCUCAAGACUCGACUCUUGCCUUCUCCCUCCCUUCGGACGAGACUCCUGCUUUUUUGGCCUCAAUCAAGGAGAUCUCGGCUCAAGAAUCUGCCGAGGACGACGACGAGCAAAAGAGAUGGAUCAUGAGAGCAGCAAGAGGUUCGGCGCGUCGUUUCUCCCUACGCGAAUGGGUCCGCAAUUCGUGGAUGUCCUUCACCGAUUUGAUCCGCAACGCAGAGACUCUCGAUAUCAUCAUCAUGGCUCUCGGAUACCUUUCCAUGCACUUGACGUUUGCUUCGCUGUUCGUCUCGAUGCGUCGCAUGGGCUCCAAUGCUUGGCUGGCAACCAGUGUCCUUUUCUCGUCAGCAUUUGCCCUUCUUUUCGGUCUCGUUGUCACCAUGAAGCUGGGUGUCCCUGUCAAUGUGGUUCUGCUCUCCGAGGGCCUGCCCUUCUUGGUUGUCACUGUUGGUUUUGAGAAGCCCAUCAUUUUGACACAGGCUGUGCUCUCGGCUGCACUCAACCCUCCCAGACGCGAGAACGGCGAUUCAUCUCCUUUGACCAUUCAGAACGCCGUGCAGACUGCCGUUCACGAGCGCGGAUGGGGCAUUGUGCGCGACUACAUGGUCGAGAUCACGCUGCUUAUCGCCGGUGCCAUGUCGGGUAUUCAGGGCGGUCUCCGCCAGUUCUGUUUCUUGGCUGCAUGGGUCUUGUUCUUCGACUGCAUCCUGCUUUUCACUUUCUACACGGCUGUUCUGACCAUCAAGCUCGAAGUCAACCGCAUCAAGCGCCAUGUCGCUUUGCGCAAGGCUCUCGAAGAGGAUGGCGUUAGCCGCACUGUCGCCGAGAGUGUCGCUUCCAGCAACGACGGCUUGAAGCCUGACGCUGUAAACGGUGAGACUUCGAUCUUUGGUCGCAAGAUCCGCGAUAGCAGCAUCCCCAGAUUCAAGGUCCUCAUGGUCUCUGGUUUCAUCAUCAUCAACGUCCUCAACUUCUGCACUAUCCCCUUCCGUACCGGCGCCGCAAACAACUCUCCCUCGCUCUCUAGCUCUAUGGAUCCUUUCAAGGUUGCUGGAAACGCUCUUGACCACAUUCUGGCUCAAGCAAAGCUUCGCAACCAGUCAACCGCUGUUACCGUCUUGUCUCCCAUCAAGUACGAGCUCCAGUACCCCUCGAUUCAUUACUCUUCCGACAGACCCGAAUGGUCUCUUUUCGACGGUCCUUACGCCAACGGUAUCUUCUCCAGCAUGGGCGGAAGAGUCGUUGAAGGUGUUCUCAAGAGCUUCGAAGACCCCGUUCUGAGCAAGUGGAUCAUCAUCGCUCUGGCUGUCAGUCUGGUUCUGAACGGUUAUCUGUUCAAUGCUGCGCGCUGGAGCAUCAAAGAGCCCGGCCAAACCGAAUCUGCUGAGACUGCGCCCAAAGCUGCUCCCUUGCCUCCUCUUGCCGAGUACGAUCCCAAGAUGAACAUCGAUGCCGCCGGUCUUGAGGACGGACAUGCUACCAACAGUGCAAUUCAGAAGCGCUCCAAGGAAGAGUGCGAGAAACUGCUUGCUGAAAAGCGAACUUCCGAGUUGAACGAUGAGGAGCUUACCGAACUGACCCUCCGCAACAAGAUUCCUGGCUACGCCCUUGAGAAAACUCUCGGCGACAAGACGCGUGCCGUCAAGAUCCGCCGCUCUCUCAUCUCUCGCACUCCCGCAACCAAGCACGUCACUGCUGCUCUGGAACGUUCCAAGCUUCCCUACCUGAGUUACGACUAUGACCGCGUCUUUGGCGCUUGUUGCGAGAACGUCGUUGGUUACUUGCCUCUCCCUCUCGGUGUUGCUGGUCCUAUCGAUAUCGAUGGCCGCAGCUACUAUCUCCCUAUGGCUACGACUGAAGGUGUACUUGUCGCCAGUACCAGUAGAGGUGCAAAGGCCAUCAAUGCUGGCGGCGGUGCUGUCACCGUUCUUACUGGCGACGGUAUGACCCGUGGACCCUGUGUUGGAUUCGAGACUCUUGCUCGUGCCGCUGAAGCAAAGGUUUGGAUUGAUUCUGAAGCUGGCACGAAGAUCAUGAAGGAUGCCUUCAACUCGACCUCCAGAUUCGCCAGACUACAGUACCUCAAGGCUGCACUCGCAGGUACAUACCUUUACAUUCGUUUCAAGACGACCACUGGUGAUGCCAUGGGUAUGAACAUGAUCUCAAAGGGUGUCGAGCAGGCACUCAGCGUGAUGAAGGACAGUGGAUUUGAAGACAUGGCUGUCAUCUCCGUGUCAGGCAACUACUGCACAGACAAGAAGCCCGCCGCCAUCAACUGGAUUGACGGACGUGGUAAGAGUGUUGUCGCCGAGGCCAUCAUCCCUCGCGAUGUUGUUCGUUCCGUCCUCAAGAGCGACGUCGAUGCUCUUGUCGAGCUUAACAUUUCGAAGAACCUGAUCGGCAGUGCCAUGGCAGGCAGCAUUGGUGGAUUCAAUGCACACGCUGCCAACAUUCUCACUGCUAUCUUCCUCGCCACCGGUCAAGAUCCCGCUCAGAACGUUGAGAGCAGUCAAUGUAUCACUGUCAUGAAAAACCUUCAUGGUAACCUUCAGAUCUCGGUCUCUAUGCCUUGUAUCGAAGUUGGUACUAUCGGUGGUGGUACAGUCCUCGAGCCCCAAGCCGCCAUGCUCGAUCUUCUUGGCGUCCGCGGAGCUCACCCUACAAACCCUGGUGACAACUCUCGUCAGCUCGCGCGUAUUAUUGCUGCUGGUGUUCUUGCUGGUGAGCUGUCUCUCUGCGCCGCCCUCGCCGCCGGUCACCUUGUUAGGGCCCACAUGGCACACAACCGUUCGGCAGCACCUUCAGCCGCACCCAGCAGAGUCCAGAGCCCCAGCCCUGGACAAAGCAAGCCAUUACCGCAAGGAUUGGCCAUGACUGGAAUGGCCUCCAAGAGAUGA